AUGGCAUUUCAUUUCAAAGAUGUCCCAGAAAGGGAUAAUAUAGAGUUCCGCACUUUGGUGGAGAGGCCUCGGCGCGUGUCCAAAUUUCCUGACACCUACAAAAAUUCCCAGACAACACCAUCACCUGCUUCCUCGUCUCUCAGACCGGUAGAUCCACUGCAGGAGGCAAGUAAUCAACGCCGCGCGCCGUACAUAUCAUUUGGCGAACAAGGCACAACAGCAACCGCAGGCGCAUAUGGCUCGUUGCUUCGUACCUGCCGGCCCAUAAGCAAAUUAAAAGGUUCAAAUGGAUUUCCAAACUCCGGAAUAAUUGGAUUGGAGUUCGCAAGCACAGAGCCGUGGUACGUCUCUGGCCGGGCAAAUUUAAUAUUGGAAAAUGCCCAUGAUGCAAGUUGUGGAUUUGGUCUGCUAGUUCAGAAUGAUUUAUCUUCAGACCGACCAACGGUCGAAUUUGUGGAUGGUCGUUGGCCAGUCAUCAAGUAUAGCACCAAGGAGGGAUUCGCUGUCACUGUGAGGCUAUGGUGUCAGCAUGACACGGUGGUUCAACAUAUGCAUGUAAUGAAUCCCAAACUCGUUACCGGAGAGAAGCCAGAAUUGAGAAUCAAUUUGGACCCGAAUUUCAGCAUGCAAGACCUGGACUACCUCAGGGAGAAGAAGAAUGAAUCAACUCGAUAUGAAAAAGGAGUAAACGACCAUGGGAUUAUUGUUAUGCAAGUGCCAGGCUUGAGGGAUAAGAAUGAUGAUGACAACGAAAAGCUUUGCGAUGCGCGAGAAUUGGUCAGUGUAUUGAUAGGUCUUUUCAAAGAUGGUGCUGCGCAGGAGCUCCAGUUGAACUACACCGAGGAUGAGCGAGAAACAAAAUCAAGAGUUCAGCCCAUUCCUAUCACGCACCCGUUGGGUCGCGAUGAGUCCGUUGAAUUUACCACGGCCUUUAAAACGCAUACGACAACGUUGGAGGCACAUUGGAGACGAUUUAUGAUUCCAAGUGAGGAGGUCAUCUUUGACCCACAUCUAUCUUCGCUUGUGAAUUCCACAAUGAUGAAGUUGAAAGAUAUGAGCUGGUACCUUUAUCGCAAUCUUGAGCAUAUAAUGUCCGUGUGCAGUAUUCCUAUUGAUUUGGAUUCCUUGGAUGAAACGGGUUCAAUAUCAAGCGAUAGGUUGAAGAAUUACGGUCCAACAAUUGCUUUGACGAGCCCAGGCGGCGAGCGUGAUAUCCUUUCACGAACAGAGCCCACUGUACGGUCCAUAAGGCCAAUAGCGCUGACUUGUGGAGAUUUUGGAGACCACAGAGUCAGCAUGCUUGGAAGCUAG